UGGGGCGCCACCUUGCGGUAGAUAAAGUGAACAACUGAAAUGCGAAGGCGUAAAGUUUGUCCUGUACGACUAUCCGUUGAAUGGUGCAAAAAUGGCGGCCUCUUGUAAGUCUCUAUACAGAUGUUGCCAGCAGUCAGUUUGCCAUCUUGUUGCUAGGAAACUGUCAAGCUCCAGAUCAGUGUCUCCACCUCCCCUGCACAGAAGGAUACUCCUCUUCCUCACUCAGCGUUUCUAUGAUCUGGAAAUGUUGCUGAGCUGGAGGGGUCAGCUGAGGAGGAAGGGGAUUAUGAGGAAGAAUGCUUACUACGACUUCACUCAGAGAUUAUAUGGGUCAGACAUAGCAGCAGCAUUUUAUAUCUUGAGUCUGAAGGGAGGAUUUAGAUUUGUUGGCCAGUCAGACUGGUUUCGUGCAGACCAAAGGGGCAAGUUCAACUGGGAUUUCUUGAAUCACAAAGACACACCCCUAGAGGAAGUAGACAUGAGCUACACUGUCAUCAACUACAGAGGAUUGGACAAUCUGGAGGGGCAGCAAUCUUUGAGGACUCUAGCAUUACGAGGAUGUCCUGAAGUGGACGAUUGGUUCCUGGCUAGGCUCCAUGUGUUCGAGGACUCUCUGGAGGAACUGGACAUCUCUCACUGUCCACGCAUCACUACGGGCGGCCUGGCUGCACUGAGGAAUCUCAAGGGACUGCGGCGUCUGGACCUAUCAUCCCUCCCUGGGAUUUCAAGUCCUGGCUUGGUCGUCAUCCUGUUAGAGGAAAUGUUACCACAGUGCCAGAUCAUUGCUACUGGCUAUGACUACAGCAUAAAGCAGCAUGGUGGAGAGGAGGAGGUGCAGAGGUAGUGCAUGGACAGGAACAAGAAUCUGAAGAAUCAAGUGAUACAGGGUGUGAGCUCUGCUGUCACUGCACUGUAGUUUUAUAGAAUGGGUGCUGAUGGUGCCAAAGGAGGCGCAGAGGAAACUUGUGA